AUGGAUGCUUAUGAUAUUUUUAAGAAAUUAACGAAAGGUUUGAAAUUCAAAUAUCGAGUAUUAGGAGUCAAAAAUGAUGCGCUUAAUACAAAAAAUACUGUAAAAGAGGAAGUUGAGAUAAAAAAUAUUGAAACUAAUGAAAUAAAGGAAGAAAUCGAAGAUAGCGACGAAGCCGCAAUUAUUCACAGUGAGAGCGAGUCUGAAAAUAAUAAUGAAGAUUUAGAUAUCGUGGAGGGCAUGAAAUUAGGUGAGAAAAAGAAAAAUAAAAAGAAAAAGGAUAAGCCAGAGGAUUUGAAGAAGAAGUUGGAAUUGGAAGAGCAAAACCGUUUUCGCAAUGAACAUGGUAUCAAAGCAGUUGGCCGACAUGUACCAAAUGCACUAACGUGUUUUCGAGAUCUGACCACAAGGUACAAUGUUAACAGUGCCCUAGUUGAUACUAUAACACAGUGUGGCUACACAGAACCCACUCCAGUGCAACGGCAAGCGUUACCCUGCAUGCUUGAGGAUCGUCAAAUUUUAGCAUGUGCACCGACGGGAUCAGGCAAAACUGCUGCAUUCUUGUUGCCCCUGUUUCAUGUGUUGGGUAGUGCACAAGGCGGCCCAAGGGCACUCGUAUUGUGCCCCACAAGGGAACUGGCCCAACAGAUCUACCGUGAAGCAUUGCGGCUUAGCGCAUCCACACAACUCCGAUGCUCAAUCAUAAGGAAAAUAAUACAAAGCAAGGUGAAGGAACGCGAGGCUACUGUACGCAAAAGUGAUAUUGUCAUAAGCACACCGAACCGCCUGUGCUAUUUGCUGAAUCAAGACAAUGUAAAUAUCUCCUUAGACAAGGUCCGCUGGCUGGUGGUGGACGAAGCGGACAAGAUGUUCGAGGGCUCCGCCGACCAGGAGGCCGAUUUUCGCCAACAGCUGGACCAGGUGAUGACCGCAUGCGGUGGUGCCAAUCGGCGGGUGGCCAUGUUCAGCGCCACCCACACCCCGGCGGUGGCCAAGUGGUGCCGUCGCAAUCUGCGCGGCCUGAUUGCUAUUACAGUGGGCCACAGGAACGCAGCGACCCAUCUCGUAAAACAGGAGUUGCUGUACUGUGGCAAUGAAAAUGGAAAGCUGGUGGCCUUCAGACAGAUGGUGCAGGAAGGUCUCAAGCCCCCCGUUCUUGUGUUCGUUCAGAGCAAAGAGCGCGCCAGACAGCUGUUCAAAGAGCUCAUCUACGACGGCAUCAACGUGGACGUCAUACAUUCGGACAGGAGCCAAGCGCAGCGUGACAACGUGGUGCGCAGCUUCCGCGUGGGCCGCAUCUGGGUGCUGAUCUGCACGGAGCUGAUGGGACGAGGAAUGGACUUCCGCGGCGUCAACCUCGUCGUCAACUACGACUUCCCGCCCUCCGCCAUCUCUUACGUGCACAGGGUGGGCAGGGCGGGGCGUGCGGGUCAGCCGGGACGAGCGGUCACCUUCUUCACUCAAGAGGACGUCGCCAAUUUGAGGAGCAUCGCGUCGGUGCUGCAGCAGUCGGGCUGCGCCGUGCCCGCCUACAUGCUGCGGCUGCGGCGCGCGAGGGCGGAGCGCCGGCGCAGGGCCAGCGCUGCGCCCCGCAGGGACCCCAUCGCCACCACGCUGCCCAGGCGCCCCGACAAGAGAAAGUUAGAGAGCGGCAAGAACACUGGCGACAAGAAGACGAAGGACACUAACAAUGUAGCCGAUGCAAGAAGUGUGAAGCAGAGGAAAGUAGCAAAGCCAGUUAAGAGUAAUCAAGAACAGAGUAACAACAAAUUCGUGAAACGUAAGAAUGGUAACGAUAGUAAGCAUACUAAGAAGAACAACAUUAAGAAGAGUAAAGAGAAGGAGAGUAAAAAGGAGAAGAAGAUAAAUAAGAAGAGAAAAAAGAAAGUGUUCGUUAAAUCGGCUGCGUCUAGU